AUGGAACUCCCACAUGCUUUUCGCCCCAGCACCUUCUCUCGCUCUGCACUUCUAACUCGCACUGCCACCGCCAAGGAGAAAGAGCUGAACGCCUUGAAGGCGCAGCCAUCCCGUGUCUGGUGGACGCUGAUUCGCUUCGUCCUCCCAUACACCAUACAGGCAUGUGCGUAUGUGCUGCUGGUGCUCUCAUUCCGCUCCAAGCCCGUCGUCAUUCUGCCGGUGGACGUCGUCUAUCCAUUCGGGUCAAUGCUUGCAUUCCCUCAUGGAGCCAAGUGGCAAGGAGGCGGAGCUGUCUCGGUAUUCGCUUGGCUGGCGCUCACGUCAAGAGUAGUGCCGCGCAGCACCCGUUGCUACGUUUCUGCCGCACCUCGAAGUCUCGCCCGCCUGAACCCCCAUCCCGCGCCGCAAACGCCACGCGCUUCCGCCGAGCGAGGGGAGCGCGCGCCUCGCACGCCAACCCGCGCAGAAUGUCGUCUCGAGAAAGACCUUCGCAGCGCUGCUUUCGCAAGCCUUCGCCCUGCGCCGGCCGUUCAUGCGGCAGGGCGACUCGAAUACCGCCGCUCUGCGGCCUCUAUACGGGUCAACGCGGUCAACGCAGUGAAUGUGGUCAACGCGGUCAACGCGGUCAGCGCGAGUGAGGUGGAGGCGAGAAUCGCUGUCGCCGCCAACACGGGCGCGUUGGACCUAAGCGACUGCGCUGUUCUGCACCUCUCAGAACUCUCAGACCUCUCUCUGGCCGGCAAUCAAAUCGAAUCCAUUCCUCCUGAAAUUGCCAACCUCUCCAAACUGCGCCGGCUGGGUCUAGCAGGCAACAGGCUGCAGCGGCUGCCUCCUGAAAUGGGCCAUCUGACCCAGCUGGAAGGGCUUUGGCUGCAUGGGAACCUGCUUCACGACCUCCCAGACGAGAUUGGUCACCUCACAGCGCUUCGCUUCCUAGCGCUCGCAGGCAACCAGUUGACGCGGUUACCACACACACUGGGCAGAUUGACAGCACUGCAGGUGCUGUCCGUCGCUGGUAACCAGCUGGAAGAGUUACCACAAACCAUCGGGUCUCUCGCCUCUCUCAGAGUCCUAGCUGCUUACGGCAACCUUCUCACAGCCCUUCCGCCCUCCAUCACCCACCUCUCCUCCCUUCAGGAGCUCUUUCUUCAGGGCAAUCGCAUAGCCUCCCUCCCACCGCUCUCUCUGUGCUCCCUCCGCCAACUCUCACUCGCCGACAACUGCCUGUCAGCCAUCCCACAAGGCACGCUAGCGCAGUUACCGUUUCUUGAAUCGCUCUGGCUCUACGGUAAUUCCAUCGCUCACCUGCCACCAGAGCUUGCAGACUGCUCUCGCCUUGCCAACCUCUGGCUCGAGGGAAAUCCCCUCUCGCUCUCCCACACCAUUCUCUCCGACACCUUUCAUCGAAUCAAGACUGUGGGAGUAGACUCAAUGCAGCUGGCACCAUCACAGGGCAUGCAGCCACCUCUCCCAAGCAACAUGCUCGUCAGCCGGCUGGCAGGGACUGGGGCAGCGCAACAAGACGGUGGCUAUUUCAAGGUGCAGCCAUGGCAGCGCGCAAAUUCCGCGUCAGAGGCAGAGGCCGACCGCUCUGAAGUGUUGGUUGUGGCCUUUGGCAGCGCUCCAGCCGUGCCCAACUGGGCGGGACUGCUGCGCAAGGUGAAGGGAGACAUGGGUCUCACAGCGGCCAUGGGAGGAACCACCACGCCCUUUGACACACUCUACGUUGUCGAUUCCACCCGCUCCUGGUACACGCACGCUCCCCUCUCCACACUCACAUCAGCAGCAAGCAAUGUGAUCCUGUUGUCGCCACCUCCUCCUGUGCUCUCUCAUGUCGGUGCCUUCUCCAUGAACCGAGGUCUCCAUCCAUCAGUUUCAACUACCCCAGCUACAUGGCCUUCAGUAUCAGUGCAGUCCCCAGCGCCAUGCAACGCAUCAGUCGAUUCAUUGCAGACUGAUACCAGCACUGGUGGCUAUACGGAUGGGGCGUACUACCGGAGGGAGAUUGCAGCAGCAGUGGAGGGAUAUGACCGUGUGGUCAUGAUUGGAGAUUCCAUGGGUGCCUCAGCUGCCCUCAUGUUUUCGGAAUUCGGAUCAAGUGUUCUCUCGUUUUGUCCGCAGGUGGACCUUAUCUCAGCCAGGGGCCUGGUCGUGACUCAGCUUGGCUCAGCUCCUUCACACAGAACCUCCUCUCCUCAAUGGAAUCACCUGCUUCUUCAAAACCAAGGAUACCUGGACAAGUGUCCCCACAUGUUCAUGUACACUGUGGGAACUGGUCUCAUGAUGUUGCACAGGCUCAACUGGUUGAGCACCUACCUCAGGUUGAAGUGA